AUGAGUACGUGUGAGGUGCACUGUCUUCGUUGUAAUAUACCGUUCAAAACGAUGACGUCUUACAUCGAGCAUAACACAAAUGUACACAACUCCGGCAGAGAUGGGGUGUUACAAUGUUCAUGUAAAGCGACGUUCAAAAAUUUACGUAGUCUACAAAAACACUGGUGUGUUUAUCACAAGGAUGAACAUAAUGUGAAUCAAAAUGAACCAAUGCCUCAAUUCGACGGAGAUGAAGAAGAGGCUGAGCAGGACAUGGUAGAUUUGGAUCCCGUUUGGCAGAUGAACCACGACGGAAAUACACAGCAACAACAAGAUCCGUCAGAGAUAUUGAAAAAACGUGUGUUACAUUUGUUAUUAACAUUGCAGAGUCAAUAUCACACAUCAGAAGCGGCAGUUCAAUUUGUUGCUGAUAGUCUAUCCGAAUUAUUCAAUUUAAAGAAUUAUUUAUUGUUGCCAGAAGUUCAUGCGGAUCUUCACCGACAGCUGCCACCCUACGAUCCCAACUAUAUUAAAGAUGUUUACGACGGCAAAUUUGGAAGAAAUCAUCCGCAAUUUAAUCAAUCGACUUACCUCAAAAUUGAACUAAAUAGUGAUGAUCUAACAGUUACAAAUUCUAUCAGUCAUCGAGCUAGCUCAUUAUUUUUUUUCUAUUGGUCAUUGUUAAAUUUGUCAAGAGAAAAACGUGCGAAACACAAUGCGAAACGUUUAAUCGCUGCUUGUCCAAAAUGGGCAAGAACGUACGACUCUUUACAUUACACACUACAAGGUUUUCUAGCUGACAUGAAGAUUCUUUCCACAAUCGAAAUUAAAUCGGAUACAUGGCUAACAUUGAAAAAUUUUAUCUGCUGGCACAAUGGACUGUUCAAAUGGCUGUAUCCUGGCGAAGCAAAGCCAAAAUUUCGCUUUAUGACUCAUUUUCCACAACCGAUGAGAAAAUUUGGUCCAUUACCGUAUACCUCGUGCCUGGCAACUGAACGAAAACAUCAAUACUUCAAAGGCAACAAAGUGCGAAAUUUAAAAAAUCCUGCACUAAUGUUAGCUCAUCGUCAUCAGAUAUGGGCAUGUAUUGUUGAUCACAAUCAAGAUGGCUCAUAUUCUCAUACAGCCCUUUCUCUACCACCACAAGCAAAAAUGGACGCUAAACAACCAAUUGACGACGGACAAAUUCAAUAUAUUAUUCAACAUUGUGGCCUUCCAUUUGAACCUACAGCUGUAUUAAAAUCAAUCGAGCUCAAAGGAAUUACUUAUGAGAAGUAUUCCAUUCUAAAUGUAUCAAAUGAAUAUUUUCCUAAGACGCCUCAAUUUGGAAAAAUAUCAAAAAUAUUCUGGGAUGGAACGAAUUGUGGUUUAUACUGUCAGUUAUUCGAUAUCAAAGACUACUGUCAACAACUCCGUUUCUUUGAAGUAAAACAAAAUAAUAAUUUUAAACUGUUUUCGUACAACGAAUUACGAUACAAGCGGACAUUAAAAUUGGUAUCGUCAAACUUUAGAAUCAAACUUUAG